AUGAAUAUCAACACAAACCAGGUCGACCCCCUUCAGCAUCCACUGAGAGCCACUGCUAUGGCCAUUGGCUCUCAGGUGCAAGGGGAACGUCGAGCACCUCGGAUGAGCCAUAUGCAAAGUGCCAACGAAGGACCUGCGGACAUCAUUGGCAAGGUAUCGGGCGCAGUGUCAGGCGGCAAGCGAGAAGACGAUGGAGCUUAUUUUACCAACAAUGAGGGUAUUCCAUUCCCCGAUCCGUGA